ACCUGAGUUUUUUUUAGGUCAAUGCUCGUCCUCUAUUCUUCAUUAAUGGCUGACUCUAUCCGUAGAGCCACAAACUCUCUUCUCUUUUCCUCUCUCGUUCGUUGGCAUCUUUGAGAUUUUAAGAUCAGCAAAACACAGUCUUGUUCUGUCUUUCAAGAGUUUCAAGGUAAGAGUUGAAGAAAGCCUCCUGGAUUUACAGGCUUGUUGAGAGAGAAAGAGAUGGCUGAUGCUGCACUUGGAAUUCUACUGCAGACCCUGCAGCAGCUACUAAAUGAUAAAAUAAAACCAAUUUUUGGGGUGGAAGAACAAGUUGGAUUCCUUUACGAUGAGCUUAGCUUGUUGAAGGCCUUUCUCAAGGAAUCUGCAGAGAAGCGCAGUGAGUCUGACAUUUUUAAAGAGCUGGUGAGACAAAUCAGGGAUGUAGUGUAUGAGGCUGAAGUUGUUAUUGACAGAUACGUGAGUCAUAUCCAUAUGGAGAGAGCAAGAAGCUACAUAUCCAAAUUCUUACAGGGCAUUGAUCAUCCAACAAAACGUCGCAAAGUUGCAGAAGAGAUCGAAUCCAUCAGGAAAAAUGUGGAUGAGAUUUACCGGAAGAAGUCGUUUGGUUUUGAAGUCAUGCAACAUGGGGAGCCUUCUAGCAGAGAUUCAUCAGAGAAAAAGGCUCCGGUUGUUGAGGAAGAAAACGUGGUGGGCUUUGAUGAGGAGGCCAAAACACUAGUUGAUCGAUUGAAAGGAGGGAAAGAAGAGCUUGAAGUUAUCUCAGUCACUGGUAUGGGUGGCCUCGGUAAGACGACUUUGGCUAGGAAAGUUUUUACUGAUCCUGCAAUUGAGUAUAACUUCUAUAUUCGGGCAUGGACGUAUGUUUCUCAAGAAUAUACCAGAAAAGAAGUCUUUCUUAGCAUUUUGAGUUCUCUUGACAAGCUUACGGAUGAGUCGAGUAGAUGGAGUGGUGAAAGGUUAGCUGAGGAGCUGCGUGGACAUUUACAGACUGGAAGAUAUCUAAUUGUGAUGGAUGAUGUGUGGACAAAAGAGGCUUGGGAUGAUCUCAAAAUGGCCUUUCCAAAGAACAACAAUGGCAGCAGAAUAUUGUUAACUAGUCGAAACAAUGAAGUUGCUGUGCAUGCUAACCCUGAUAGCCACCAUCAUCCUCUGCGUUUUCUUACUGAUGAUGAAGGAUGGGAGCUACUCAAGAAGAAGGUGUUUCGGAAGGAAAGGUGUCCAUCAGAGCUGGAGGAUCUUGGAAAGAAAAUUGCAGAGGAAUGCGGUGGACUUCCACUUGCAAUUGUGGUGAUUGCGGGACUUCUCAUAAAAAAAGAAAAAACAAGUAAGUGGUGGGAGAAAGUGGCUGAGAGUGUGAGUUCAUAUGUAGCCAGAGAUCCAAAGCAAUGUAUGGACAUUCUAGCACUCAGUUACAAACACUUGCCACAUCAAUUACAAUCAUGCUUCCGCUAUUUCGGGGUCUUUCCAGAGGACUAUGAGAUCCCUGUCUGCAUACUGAUCCAGUUGUGGAUAGCUGAGGGUCUUAUUGAGCAGGUUGGGGAGAUAAGUUUGGAGGAUACGGCAGAGGACCGAUUGGAGGAUCUUGUGGACAGAAAUUUAGUAAUGGUGGAGAAAAGGAGGUCUAAUGGAGGAAUCAAAACAUGUCGUGUUCAUGAUAUGUUGCAUGACCUCUGCUUGAAGGAAGCUAAAGAAGAACAGUUCUUGCAGGUGAUUAAAGGGGCCAUACAAGGUCCAUGUCUGUCAUUAACCCCUACCCUGAAUAAAUGCCGUCUCCUCUGUAUCCAUUCCCAUGUUUUGGACUAUAUUUCUGUAAAACCUUCUGCUCCACGCGUCCGUUCUUUCUUGUGCUUUGCCUUGGAACAAAUAGAAUUUAGUAGAGAACAUACUUCAUUCAUCCAUGAAGCCUUCAACUUGCUUAGGGUGUUGGAUUUAAGGCCAAUUAGGCUACCCUUUUUCCCUGGCAAGAUAAAAGAUCUAAUUCAUUUAAGGUAUGUAGCCCUCUGUGGUAGUUUUGAGGUUCUUCCUGCGUCGAUAUCUGAACUUUGUAACCUCCACACAAUUAUUAUUGAAACUUCUUCACACAACCUCAAGGUGGAAGCGGAUAUUUGGAAAAUGUUGCAAUUGAGGCAUCUAUGUACAAAUUCAAGUAGCCGUUUGUGUGGCCCUUCAGCCCAAGCAGGAAGGGGUGGCAAAGACCUACAAACCAUUUCUACAAUAUCCCCCGACAGUUGUACUGAAGAUAUUUUAGCCAGGGUUCCCAACCUCAAGAAACUAGGAAUUCGUGGCAAACUGGCAACACUUAUGAAGGAAAAGGGAGGGUCCACCUUGUUCGAUAAUCUUACCAAAUUAGAUCGGCUUGUGACAUUGAAGUUGUUGAAUGACACAUUCCCUGAUCGUCCUUCCAAAUGUAGCCUCCCCCAGUUGUACAAAUUCCCUCCAAACCUGAAAGAGCUAACUUUAGCUGACACCUUGUUGGAUUGGGAGCAUAUGUCUACACUGGGGCUUCUACCCAAGCUUGAGGUGCUGAAAUUAAAAGACAAUGCGUUCCAGGGAAAUCGAUGGAAGGCAAUCGAUGGAGGUUUUCGUCUUCUCAGAUUCUUGCAGAUUGGGAAAACAGAUUUAGUGCAUUGGGAGGCUUCGGGUCAACACUUCCCUAGACUUCAACAGCUUAUUCUUAAAUACUGUGAAAGCCUAGAGGCUGUCCCUUCUGGGCUGGGGGAUGUAUCUUCACUUCGGAUUAUAGACCUGUAUCAUGCCUCCUCUACUGCUGCAGCCUCUGCCAAGAAAAUUCUGAAACAAAAGCGGGACCUUGCAAUCAGUCAGUUUAAGCUCACUAUCUAUCCUCCAGACCAGUAAAUUGUGGUUUCAGGUCCAGGCUUCAAAGGUGCUAUAUAGUAUGACAGGGUGAUGUUGUAAGAAACAAGGAGAAGCACCUUGACUGAAUGGAUAUAUCCGAAAUUCCCGGUACAUCUGUGUUUUCCUACUACAUGCAGUUAUAGUUCUGCAUAUUCCAAUUGUUAUGCUGCUAAAUUUCAUUUUAUGCAUAUACUAUCUACUUUAAGCUAUUUGUUGUGGUGUUGUCAUUGUGAUUGCAAUUGUUGUUGUUUGGGAACUAUUUCCACCUUUGAAUGUUGUAUGAAAGGACUUGUUAGAUGCCCUCUGUAGAUAUCCAUAUUUUGUGUUGUUUAAUAUUUGUGUUAUUAAUGGUAACUCUGGUUGUGUUA